AUGGCGGAACGUGUCUUUAUCAGAGAGCGAGCAUCCAAGAUUUACCAGGAACAACUCCAGUGCCAGAUCCACGAGGAAGCACUUCUCUACGAUGAGCUACGGCUUUAUUGUAAACGUCUAGAAAGCGAUCUCUUAGACGGCGACCGGAGGCAAUUGCAGAUGGAGACCCAGCUUCGUCACGCUUCGGAGGAUCGGCGAACUCUCCUCCACAACCUAGGGCUGGAACAGGCUAAAAAUCAAGACCUAGAAUCUCGCUUGGCAGGCAUCUAUCCUAUGAUUCAGAGUCUACUCCUUAAGCUACAAUCUUGUGAUCACUCUGGUCCAUUGAAGAGUCAAAUCCAGCAACAGCAAGAACAGAUAUCGUCUCUCCAAGCUAUGCUGCAGGCUAAAGAGGAAACUCUACGCACACUGGGUCAGGCCUUUUGUCCAGGAGAGGCAAUGGACUUUGGUGACACUUUCACAGAUUGCUCUGACUGUGAGCAAAGUUUCGGAGCUUGGGGCGACGAAAUGCUUCUAUCAAAUCAAAGUUGA